AUGGGCACAGCCUGCAGCGUGGGCGACCAGCAGUGCUGCAGCGUCGCGCGUGCCCAUGGGCCCGACUCAUUUGGCGAGUACCAGCCUAACGAGAGACAGGAGGCCCAGAGGGAACUCGUGGAGCUCGCCCCGCCCGCCGCCAUCCAGCAGGGCGCCUCGGGCGCGCCCGCGCUGGAGGACGGCGAGGAUCCCGGGGAGAGCUACUUCGAGCGGGAGCUCGAGGAGCUGCAGAGAUUGCGCGACACGGGCCCCGACGGGCUCCGGCCGCUGUACACCUUCAAGACAGGCGCCGAGUACUUCGGCCAGUGGAAGGGCCACUGCCGGGAGGGCAAGGGCGAGCAGAAGUGGCCGGACGGGGCCUCCUUCAUCGGCAAUUGGAGGGGCAGCAAUGCGGAGGGCCUCGGGCAGUUUGCGCACGCGGACGGGGACGUGUUCGUGGGCGAGUGGACUCCCGGGCCCAGCCUCUCGGCGGAAGCUGCGGCCAGCGUGCCGCGCUGGGGGCGGCCCGCCCUGCUGGCAGAGGACCUGCUCGGCAUCGGCGAUGACCCUCGGCUCUUCCAGACCCUGCCUCUUGGGGAGCUUCUCGAGGGCUCGGAACUGGCGCCGAAGGCGACGACGAUCAACGCCAUGUCCCUCGACAGUCAGAGGCCGACAGCUGUUAGUUUCGUGCCUCACUACGCGAGCACGUCUCCAGGACUUCAGAUGGGGUCAGAGUACAGCCGGUGGGCGGCGCGCGACGCGGCCAGCACGGAGAAGGAGAACUCUGCGCGUUAUCUUGCCAUUGGCAGAGAGGCCGCUGCGGGUUUCGUCAUUGAUUGGGCAAUGACGCGCCUCGCCGCCCUGAACAGCAGCGGCGAAAGCAUCGGGCUCUACCAGCUCAACGAGGUCGUUGUCCACAGGCCGAGCCCCGCUGGCAAAGCUCAUCAAAAGCAUUCGGUGCCGAAACAGGCAGUCCUCGGACAUUGCCGCGCCUUCGAGGGUGAGCAGCUUAUCGCGCCCGCCAUUGGCGGCACAGCAUUCCGGGUGUUCAAAGAAGCGCCCCCGCCAAGGAAGUCGGAGAUGCCCGCGGAAGCCGCCGAUGGCAUUCCGUGCGACGACCUAGCAGUGGGCAUUUGCGCGUUCCACGUGCCCGAUGGCGUGGGCGACGCGGUGGUGGCGGGGGCAGCUGCGCGGAGAGAGCAGCGCUUCGCGGGGGUCUUGGCCGCCUUCGACGCGUUCAGGGCUUAUGCGCUUCGCGAGCGGCAGGUCCUCAUAGAAAGCGGGCUCAGGUAG